GAGGCCUCUCGGAAGAUCUCUAAGGACAUAAUGGGGGCUGAGAAUUACUGUGUUCCGUUGACUGUGACUGUGUUAACUGUGUUCGUUGAAGUCAGUGCAAAAUACAUAUAAAUACGAGGUGGAAUGGGAUAGAAAUGGGAUGGUGUACAAUAUCGGCCUUCCUCUUUUAAACGGCUCCGUUUAAGGAUUUUCGUUUUGAAAUUCACGGACAGAAAAUGCUGCCUAAGGCAACGGGGAUACAAUACUGUAAUGGCAGCAACGCCUUUUACUUGGAGGACAUGAAAGCAUCUUCUGCGCUGGUGAUGCCGGAAGUGACGCAAUGUUGACGACCCGGCAGGUGGGAGGAGGACCAAUGGCCGACGGUGGCCGAUUCAAGACGGCAUUCGGGCGUUUGCCAAAAAUCACAUUUUGGGAGAGAGUGUCAACCAGAUGCAAUCAGCAGGAAUGCAACAAAAUGAGCCAUGAAUUGUUGCCUUUGUACUGGAACUCACGAUUUGAGAAUGGUGCUGUGGCCACUUUCUGCGCUAAGGAUGAACAUUCAGUUCUUCUAAAGCAGUAUCUCUGACUAUUUGCUCCAUACACAUGCACACCCACAAUACAAUGACCAGUUCUCAGGAGCUCCUGAGCUGGUCUCCUUCUACAACAAUUAUCAACAAGAGUCUCAAUGAAGAGAAAAGUUUCAGUGGGAUGCAUGGGGAAUGUAUACCCUCUGGUGUCCAUCCUUCAUCUGAGGUCAUAGAAGAUGGACGAGAAAGGGGCUUACCUCACAACAAUGCAUCAGACAAUAUAAAUAGCUCAGUGGCCAUAACAGUAUUAACCAGUGUGAGUGAGGAUUCCAGGGACCAAUUUGAAAAUAGUGUGCUGCAGUUAACUGAACAAGAUGAAUUAGAAACUGCUGUUCAUCAGGGCAAUGGUGACAAUAUAAGUGGAGAGAACAACCAUGGAACUGAAGAUAUCAAAAUCCAGUUCAAUAGAUCAGGAAGUGGAAAUGGUGGAUUUCUUGAAGGACUUUUUGGCUGUUUAAAGCCAGUAUGGAAUAUUAUAGGGAAAGCUUACUCUACUGACUACAAACUACAACAACAAGAUACAUGGGAGGUUCCUUUUGAGGAGAUAUCUGAGCUGCAGUGGUUGGGCAGUGGAGCACAAGGAGCUGUUUUCUUAGGUAAAUUUCGAACAGAGGAAGUGGCCAUCAAGAAAGUGAGAGAACAGAGUGAAACCGAUAUCAAGCACCUGAGGAAGCUGAAACAUCCAAACAUCAUUGCUUUCAAGGGCGUUUGCACACAGGCACCCUGCUACUGUAUAAUAAUGGAAUACUGUGCACAUGGACAAUUGUAUGAAGUGUUGCGAGCAGGUAGAAAGAUAACACCUCGUUUGCUUGUAGACUGGUCCACUGGAAUUGCUAGUGGAAUGAAUUAUUUACACCUCCAUAAAAUUAUCCACAGAGAUCUCAAGUCACCCAAUGUAUUAGUUACCCACAAUGAUACAGUGAAAAUUUCUGAUUUUGGUACUUCUAAAGAACUCAGCGAUAAGAGUACAAAAAUGUCCUUUGCAGGAACUGUAGCUUGGAUGGCCCCAGAAGUGAUUCGUAACGAACCUGUUUCUGAAAAAGUGGACAUAUGGUCAUUUGGGGUGGUUUUGUGGGAGCUUCUCACUGGAGAAAUUCCAUACAAAGAUGUAGACUCUUCAGCCAUCAUCUGGGGUGUUGGUAGUAAUAGUUUGCAUCUUCCUGUACCCUCCACUUGUCCAGAUGGAUUCAAAAUCCUUAUGAAGCAAACAUGGCAAAGCAAGCCACGGAAUCGGCCUUCUUUUCGACAGACACUUAUGCACCUUGACAUAGCAUCUGCUGAUGUGUUGGCUACCCCUCAGGAGACUUAUUUCAAGUCUCAGGCUGAAUGGAGAGAAGAAGUAAAGAAGCACUUUGAAAAGAUUAAAAGUGAAGGAACUUGUAUACACCGGUUAGAUGAAGAACUUAUUCGUCGUAGAAGAGAAGAACUCAGGCAUGCCUUGGACAUUCGUGAACAUUAUGAAAGAAAACUUGAAAGAGCCAAUAAUCUGUAUAUGGAACUCAGUGCCAUCAUGUUACAACUGGAGGUUCGAGAAAAAGAGCUCCUCAAACGGGAACAAGCUGUGGAAAAAAAGUAUCCUGGAACUUAUAAGCGUCAUCCUGUCCGACCAAUAAUCCAUGCUAAUGCAAUGGAAAAAUUGAUGAAGAGAAGAGGAAUCUCCCACAAAUCUGGGGGGCAGACUAAACGGCCUGACUUGCUGAGGGCUGAUGGCAUAUCCAGCACUGAAGUGGCACCUAGCGGCUCUCCUCUCUCAGGGAGUCCCAAAAUGACAACACUUAGUAGCAAGGGACGUUACCGCAGCAAACCACGCCAUCGGCGAGGAAAUAGCAAAGGCAGCUACAGUGAUUUUACAGGAGUCUUAAAAAAUCAGCCAGCACAGGAUGACUUGGGUCAACCAACUCACCAUCAUCACCAUCAUUCCCAUCAUCAUGAUAAUUACCUUCGACUUAACAUACAUGGACAAGAUAUAGCCAGUUGUGCUAACAACCUACGAUAUUUUGGUCCUGCUGCUGCCCUACGCAGCCCUCUUAGUAAUCAUGCCCAACGGAGAAUGUCUGGCUCUAGCCCUGAUCUUAUCUCUGCUGCUAUGGAAGCUGAUUCAAGGAGAAAUCUAGAGAUAGAGAAAGAUGGGGAGAGCAAAGCUGAUCAUUGGGAAUGUUGUAAAACAGGCACCUAUAGUCUCUGUCCACAAUGCAGACUGGGAGAAAAUGAUGCAAAUCAACAACAAUCACUUGAUCCAGAGCUGGAACAGCCUGCAAGACCAUUGUAUGAUUCAGUGUAUGCAAAUAUGGAGUUUCCUGCAAAGAAUAAAGAAGGUGAAUUCAGCAGCCACAGGUCAGUGUCUCCUCUUGGCUCUUCUCAUCUAGCAAGCACUCCAGGACUGCUGGGUAAAACUCGAUCCAUUCCGAAGAGUGGUGAUGAUUCUUCAGAAGAAGAAGAAGGAGAAGUAGAUAGUGAAGUGGAAUUUCCACGGAGACAGAGGCCACAUCGUUGCAUUAGUAGUUGCCAGUCCUAUUCAACCUUUAGCUCCGAGAACCUCUCUGUAUCUGAUGGGGAAGAGGGCAAUACCAGUGACCAUUCUAACAGUCUGGAUGAGCUGGCUAAUAGGCGGGAAGAUCAGUUGGCUGAGAAGUUCGACGACAUGCUGUCACAGACUCCAGAAAUUCCCAUUGAGAUAUCUACCCAGUCUGAUGGACUUUCAGAUAAGGAGAGUGCUGUACGCAGGGUGAAAACACAGAUGUCACUUGGCAAAUUGUGUCCAGAGGAUCAUGGUUAUGAGAAUCCUGGAGAGUUUGGAAACUCAGGUGGUGAAUCUUCAGAAGAGGACUGUUCUGAUGCGACUGUAAGAACCAGUAAAGUCUGCAGCUCUGCAACCUUGUAAUGAUAAAUCUCUUUUACCUUCAUUAAUCUGAUCAACUGGCAUUUUGAUUCCACUCAGAAAAAAACUUUUUUCAUUCCAUCUCUGAGAAGUUGCUUCUCCACCCCAUCAACUAAAUGAUCUGCAAUAACUUGAAUCUUUGGAGAAAUGUUCUGAUGAAUUGGUUUCUCAAUGAGCAUUUCAAUCACGAAUGGCAGGGAUGUAUUUUAUUGAAUAAUUGAACUAUUGUAUCAUAUUUUUGGCAUUUUAACACUUUUUACUGAGUAAGAUGAUCAGUAUCCAUAGACAAAAUAAUUGGUUACAAAAAUGGAGAGAAGUCUGAAACAGAAUUUUUUUGAACCUUAGACAGCAUAUAUAGACAGGAUAGGAUUUGAUGUUGCUACUUGGACAUAGACUAGGCCAUAUGGCUCUGAAGGGCUGACAGUUUAAAAACACAGCAACUUAAUUGAUCUCAGUAAAGCAGUGCAUGAGAUAAUUUGUGAGCAAAAAGUCAUCUGUAUAACCAGUGUAACUUUCAACAGAAAGUAUUCACAUUCCUGGGAAACAGUAUCUGAGAUGCUGUUCCCCAGCAUAUGAAAAUGAAAACUAAUUGUUUUCAUUUUUUAAUGUAUUGUUAGUUCAUUGCAACAUCUUACAACUGCAUUUACAGCUUCUCUCCAGCAUUUUUUAUCAUCACUAUGCUACUGUAAGGACAGCAGAUAAAGUAUUGAAAGGUUGAUGGAUAGAUGUACAUGCUGUUUUGCUCUGUUAGCUUGUUCUCUUUAUAGUUUGCCUUUUAUUUGGCUCCUUCAAUUAAAAACAAAUGUAUCAAAUUAAUGCUGAAGAACUCACAUGCCAUGGAAGAUAUAUUCUACAUAUCCUGAAGACUUUCCUGAAAGAAGAAAUUAAAAUUUUUCCCACUACAGCUGGAAUGGUUGUGUGUGGACCAAGCUAGAGGAAUAGUCCAGCCUGGACCACACAAUUGGUCUUUCCACUGUUUGACUAAUAUGGUUUGGAUAGGGGAGUACUGGUCACUUAUCAGGCUUGAUGGAAAGUUACAGAACUUUUUAAAAAGUGGCAAUUAGUGAGAAUGCUCUUUGUGUCGGGUUUGAAGGAAUCUUAAGUCAUAAUUCUAUUGUGGAUUCUGGACUAGUACUCCUUUUUCUUUUUUGCAAAUACAGUUUACUAUUCACUGUAUUUCUUAUAAUUGAAAUGUUCAAGAAGAGCAAAACAAGCAACACUAAAAAUCUGGUUUUAGAAUCAAAGUGUUAAUCAUAAUCUUUGCUUCUCAUCAUGUUGUCUAAAGAAUGACAUUGAGAAAGAAAGUCUGUUUGCAAGUGUAGCAGGAUUUAAGAUAGUGAGUAGCAAUUGCACCCUUCACCCCAUCUGCAGAAUGAAAGGCAAGCAUGGGUUGAUAUUGUGCUGCUGUUUGUUUACAUUUGAUUUGAUAUGAUAUGAUUUUUUAAAAUUAAUAGCCUAGUGACAAAAUGUAGGAAAAUUCUUUACUAAUAUUGAAGAACAGUAUUGUAUGAGUUAAAUUAUUCCAUACUUUCAAAAUUCUGUAGCUGGACUACAUGAAUCAUAAAUUAUGUCAUUAUUUAUUAUAAUUUCUGUAGAUUAAUGAUAGGACUUGUUGCACUGCAACAUGUCAGUCCUACUUCAGCUAUGCUGUGGCCUGUACCCCAGGAGGAAAAGUAACCAAAGUGUUUUACAUAUAAUGCAAUUUAAUAAUCUUGUAUAGGCCACACUGGUUUUGCUAAAUUGCAGCAGUCUGUGGGAAACAAACAUGGCAUAGUCUGAUAAAAAUUGCAUGUGCCGUGAAUAUAAAAUAUGUAAGAAACAAAUUAUAUGAUGCUUCAGCAUGCAUUAGGUUCCCUGUUGCAGUCCAUAACACUGUGAGAUAUUAUCAGAUUGAAAUAUAAAAGAAAACAGACCUGCUCACUUGAAGUGGCAUCUCCUGCUAAAAUCAGAGAUUCCUCAAGCUUUAUAUCAAACUGAACUGAGUUCUGCCUAUUCUGAACAAAAUUAUUUCUGGCAUCUCAUGUAUUCUUUGCCUAUUUUCCUGGGGAGGAACUACUUUUUUAAGAGGAACCUAUAUGCUGUUGAUACCACACUCCCCAUAAAUGCCAUUCCAACUAUAUAUGGGCCAAACUGUGGAGGAAAACUGCUGCAUCUGCCAAGUUUAUGGCAGAUCCCUAAUUCAGACAUGUUAUUUGGUGCUUGAUCUUGGCAUUUUUAAAACUGGCAGGAACAACUAUCAUGCAGGCUUCAUGUAUUUCUCUGUUGAAGUUCACUCAGUCUUUCAUAAACACUCUGGAAAACCUGUCUUAUUAACAUAGUAGCACUUUAUGUGUCUGCAAUAUAGGGUUAAUCUCUGAACCAACAAAUAUCUGCUUUGCAAGUAGUGUUAGCAAUAAAGACACAUCCACCCUAUGGUUUCAGGUUGGAGUUUAACAGCCCAUGGAUAGCUAUGUCUUUGGAAAAGUUCCUUUUUUAAAAAAUAGCAAGAUGAGAGAAUGUGUCAGGAUUGACAAAAUGCUGCAUGCUUUUCCCCUGAUACGAAGCAUUUGGGAUUGUUAUCUCAGUGCUAACUUUGCCCCACUAUUUCUUCUCUGAGGAGUUCCAUAGUAAUGCCUUGCCACCCUGGACAAAGAAUACAGUAGUGUAGAACUAUCAACUUGGCAGGCAAAAAUUAUCUGGGAUCUUCGGUAAAGGGUUUUCUUGUUAUCCUUUAAUUGCAGGUAUUGAGCCUGGAAUCUUAUGCAUGCAAAGCAUGUGUUUUACCAAUAAAGUAGUUUCUCCCCAGAAGAAGUCUCUACAUUAGUGGAGAAUGCGUCUGAUUUAAUUAUCUUUGUUGUGUCUGGUAGACAUUGGUUGUUUCUUUUUAGUAUUUGCACUUAUCCUGGAUCUGCAGAUGACACGCUGCACAAUGUAAUUCUUCAAGAGACUAUUUUAUGAUUCAAGAAAUAAUUAGGAUGAGUAUCCAGUAGGGUUUUCAAGGUCUUACACUCUCCUGCUAAUGUAUAUCCUGUGUUUCUCAUUACAUCGAAGAGAAAAAGUGUUUUAACUUGCCCAUACCCAAAGAGCACUACUUAUUAGGAGACGUUGGUUUAAGAAGCAGAAUGAUAUGGGGGGUCCUAAGAAUGUGGUGUAAUACCCAGCAGCUUGUUUUAGGUGUGUCUAACAUUUGUUACUAAUCAGUUUUCAAACAUUCCAAAUAACUAGAUAUUCACGGUUUAAGUUAUUGAAUACAACGAAAGGAUUCCUCUAGAUACCCUUUUUAUCAAAUUAUACUGAAAAGUUUGUUCAGUUGUGAACAAGUAGAAAAAGAAGUUUGAAACUGAAAUUUUAAUCAUAACAAGUAUAAUCACCUCAUCUUUUCCAGUUCAGUUUUACAAUUUAUCAGUUCUAACUUCAGGGCAUUCCCGAAAGCGCAAAUUUAUUUUUUGCAAAUUACAAAUAUUUUAAAAAAUAUCUCACAAUUGCAAAAGGAUCCAAAUUAGGUAGUGUUAUUGCUGAUAAUAGUUAAACUGACAGCUGGGCUACAUGUUAUAAUCAUUGUGGGCAUACAGUCAAUACAAUAAGUUCUCCUACUAUAAAGUUAGGUAUAUAUACCAUAUGUGAUGAUGUUUUGAGAUACUAAGGAAGAAAGAUAGCACAUCAUGCAAUAGUUAUUUUCAAUAAUGAUGUAGCCUGGCUCUAAACAGACACAUUGCUUGUUGUGUUAUUACAACAGUGCUGUACAUGUUCUGCUUCAAGGAGGAUAGAAUUACUAAUUUUAAACUUUGGAUGUUGACAAAUCUACUUUAAAUAUUGGUCCAACAUAUAUAAAUAGUUGAUGUUCUAGAAUAUGCUGGUUACAUUUUUAAGGCUUUCUUUUAAAUGUGAGGAUUAAACAUUUUUUAAUGUGGAAACAUUCUCAGGUGACUUUGGGCAUUUUGAAAAGCCUGCUCUAUUCUGCAGGUCCAAUAAAAAAAGUACUAUUUUUGUUUCUGGAACAGUGCUCCACAGCACUAAACAUUAAGAGAUGCGAUCAGAACUAUGGGAACUGAUACUAAGAAACAGAGAAUAUUAACUCUCCUCUUUCCUUGGAAGCAAGUGUUGUGUUUACUGGAAGAAAAGGGAGCCACCAUGUUGUUUCACAUAUUAUAUUGAGUUUUCAUUCAUAGAGCCAGCUAGCACAAGAAAUGGUGCAGUCUUGUAAUAGGAAAGGGAAAUAGUACUGUUUUUGUAUUAAUUCUUUGAUAGAAUCUUACAGAUUACAAAGGAAUAGCAGAAUCUAGAUUUAGUUCUUAGAUUAAACUUUUCAAACCAAAAGCCAUAAAUCAAAUCAUUUAAUUUAGUUUAUGACACAGUAUUGCCAUGUGUGAAUUAGUGUGUUUUCUUGCUGUGUUAUGACUGUUCUGUACAAGGGCAUUACAAUAUUGUAACUACCUGAUUAAGGGGUUGACAGUAGCACAGCAUAAGAAUAAGCAAUGCAAACCAGAGAUAGCUUUUGAUUGAAAAGGCUUCUUUGGCAUAUUUUCAUGAUUCUUAUACUGUAUUCUUACUUGCUGGGUCCAAUAUGGUAGUCGGUAUGUUGGCUAAUGGUUCGUGGAAAUUAUUACGUUUAUAUGUCAUACAAAAUUAUAAUUUUAUCUUCUGUGCUGUCUUUCUCCCUACUUUGAGGCAAACUUGAUUUCUUUUUGUAUUGAACAGUGUAUAACAAUUGGGAACAAAUCUGACUAUCAAAUAGAUGCAUGGAAUAAAAGCCAGUGUACCUCA